UCUUUUUUUUGGAGCUGGGGACCGAACCCAGGGCCUUGGGCUUGCUAGGCAAGCGCUCUACCACUGAGCUAAAUCCCCAACCCCUUUGUUUGCAUUUUUAAGAUUUUUUUUAUGUGUGUGUGUGUGUGUGUGUGUGUGUGUGUGUGUGUGUGUGUGCGAGCCCACAUGUGUGUAGAGGUCAGAGGACACCCGUCAAGGGUCAGACUCCUUCCAAUAAGUGGGUCUUCUUGGAAAUGGGUGAGACUCAUGGCAUCAGGUGUGACUGGAAGUGCCGUUACCCUCUGAGCCGUACUGAUGGACUUGCUUCGUUCCUGAGACAGAGUUUCAUUUACCUCAGACUUGCUUUGGAGUUCUGUUAAUAUAGAGAUAAGGGUGAUCUGGAAUUGAUAGUCCUUUCCCUCCACCUGCCAAGUACUGACACCACAGAUGCUUAACACCAUGUGUAGUUUGCCUGAUGUCAUAGACAGCGCCCAAGGAGGCUCCAUGCAUCCUAGGUGGGCAUUCUACAGACUGAGCUACAUCCUCAACCCCAGAUACAAUUCUUUGUGGACAAAAAUUUUCCACCCCCUAGGGUCUACCUUUGCACCAUUUCAGUUCAAUUUGUCAUUCAGAGAGAGAGAGAGGGAGAGAGAGAGAGAACACAGAAAUAUUAAGAAUAAUUGCUUUAGGCUGGUCACGAUAGAACACACCAUUAAUCCCAGCACAUCGAGGUGGAGACAGGUGGAUCUCUCUGAGUUCCAGGCCAGGCUGGUCUAUAUAUUUGGAAAUUCCAAACCAGUUAGAAUUUUAUAGUUUGCCCCUGUCUCAAACAAAACAAGAUGAAAAUUGUUUUGGCUACAGACUACCCUUUUCAAAUAUCAGAAGGUAGAUAAGCCAGGUGCAGUGGUUCACAUCUGUAAUAACAGAGAGGCUGAGACAGGAGGACCACCAUGAAUUCAAGUCCAGCCUGGUGUACAGAAUGAGACCCUGCCUUGACAAUCAAGAAGUAGGGCUGGUACGAUGCUCUGUGAGUAAGGCACUCGCCACCGAACCUGAUAGCCUGAGUUCCGUUCCUUGGACCCACAAGAUGGAAAGAAAGAACCGACUUCUAAAAAAUUGUUCUCUGACCUCCACAUGCAUGCUGGGUACACACUUGAGUACCUGAACAUAUACAUGUACACAUAAAUUUAAAAAAUUAAAUAUUUUGUUGCUGUUGUUGUUGUUGUUGUUUGAGACAGGGUCUCUGUGGGUAGCCCUGGCUAUCUUGGAACUCACUAUGUAGACCAGGCUGGCCUCUAACUCACAGAGAUCUACAUGUCUCUGUGUGAUGAGCAGAGUAAAACAAAAUGCUGUUUAGAUCUGUAAAAAUAGCUUAGUCAGGGGGUUGGGGAUUUAGCUCAGUGGUAGAGCGCUUGCCUAGCAAGCGCAAGGCCCUGGGUUCGGUACCCAGCUCCAAAAAAAAAAAAAAAAAAAAAACAAAACAAAAACAAAAACAAAACAAAAACAAAAACAAAAACAAAAACAAAAAUAGCUUAGUCAGGAACACGACUAAACCCAAGGGCUCAUGUGGUAACUGGAACCAGUGAUAUCACUCACUUGAGAUAACCAGACACAGGACUUGAACUCAGUCAGCGAUGCUCACUGGAUAUAGAAGCAAAGGCAAUACAGAGCUCUGCACUUCCUCAGGAGGGCUAGAGACACAGGAGAGAAGCCACCUCCAUCUGUACAGUCUCCGGCAUCCUGACCCACAAAUCAGAGACUACCCAGAGACUACCGUCUGAUUUGCCUUACUCCGAGAGUCUGAACUGGACCCUUAGCUAAGAUACCUCACCCAGAGCAUAAGAUUAUACCUGAAGGAAUGGAAAGAAGGCUGAUUUCAGGAAGCAGAGGUGAAGCAUGCAAGGCUGCUUCACUGGAGAAGCAUGAAUCCAGGGAACCUGUCUUUUCCAGGAUGAGCCAUGAGUGGCCGUGGGCACACCUGAGGAAGCAAAGUCCGGCACGCAGCUGGCAGCAGCCAUCGCCGCAACAUAAGCUCCCGAGGAAGGAGUCCAGAGACACAGAGAGCAAGAUGAGUUCCGAGACAGGCCCUGUAGCUGUUGAUCCCACUCUGAGGAGAAGAAUUGAGCCCCACGAGUUUGAAGUCUUCUUUGACCCCCGGGAACUUCGGAAAGAGACCUGUCUGCUGUAUGAGAUCAACUGGGGAGGAAGGCACAGCAUCUGGCGACACACGAGCCAAAACACCAACAAACACGUUGAAGUCAAUUUCAUAGAAAAAUUUACUACAGAAAGAUACUUUUGUCCAAACACCAGAUGCUCCAUUACCUGGUUCCUGUCCUGGAGUCCCUGUGGGGAGUGCUCCAGGGCCAUUACAGAAUUUUUGAGCCGAUACCCCCAUGUAACUCUGUUUAUUUAUAUAGCACGGCUUUAUCACCACGCAGAUCCUCGAAAUCGGCAAGGACUCAGGGACCUUAUUAGCAGCGGUGUUACUAUCCAGAUCAUGACGGAGCAAGAGUCUGGCUACUGCUGGAGGAAUUUUGUCAACUACUCCCCUUCGAAUGAAGCUCAUUGGCCAAGGUACCCCCAUCUGUGGGUGAGGCUGUACGUACUGGAACUCUACUGCAUCAUUUUAGGACUUCCACCCUGUUUAAAUAUUUUAAGAAGAAAACAACCUCAACUCACGUUUUUCACGAUUGCUCUUCAAAGCUGCCAUUACCAAAGGCUACCACCCCACAUCCUGUGGGCCACAGGGUUGAAAUGACUUCUGGGAGUUGGGGAUGGAUGAAAUGACUCCUUGUAUGUCUUGACAGCAAGCAUUGAUUACCCACUAAAGAGCGACUGCCACAAGGAA